AUGCAACUCUUGCGUCGCUUUUUCAAUUCUUCCCGAGAGAAGGAUAGAAAAACGAAUAAGAGAACAAUAGCGGUGGCUAAGGUGGAUAGGCGCAGAAGCUCCUUCCUGGCAACUGAUCCAAUGAAGCGACUCACCAACUUCUUUGGAAGCUCCUCUUCCGAAGAGGAUGUUAAGCAACAGCAGAAGCAGCAAACACUCGCUAUCGGGGUGACCACUGCUACCGCUGCUUCAAUAACCGGGGGGACUGCGGAGCCAACGGCCCUGGCGACGGCGACGGCGACGACACCCACGACUCAAAUUCAUUUACCACAACAAACUGUGCAAGUGGGCCUUCAGGUACCUCCCACUCCCCCGCUUCCGCCAAAGGAAAAUUUCCUCACAUUACCCGAAUCACCUGCUACCGUUGGUGUGAAUGGUCGACAAAAUGCUCCAAGACUCUCCAUCUCUUGCCCGUCCCCAGCCUCCACAAAAACAGUCAACGAUAUUGGUGAAUCCCCGACCCCACCAAUGAGUGGAUCGAAUCAAAACUACGGGGGUUUAUCACCUAACAUUCAACCCCUGCCAGCAUCCCCGCACCCUAUUUCUCCCAUCGCUUCUCUCGGAGGCGGGAACAGAAACUUUUCAGGAGCUUCCUAUGCUUCCUAUGCUUCCUACGCAACCACUUCAUCAAGACCUAAUUCUUCACACAUGAAUUUCCCCAUUGCCCCUAGUCCUGCUCCGAGCGAGGUUGCCCGUGGCGCUCUUAGGAGAAAGCAAAGGAGUGGCGGUGGCGGUGGUUUGUUUGGAAAGAGAAAGAAGGAUGAUGUAGACAGUCCUACUGCUUGGAGGUUGACGAGGGCAAGCACCGAAAAUUUGGAAGGAUACGAUUAUGCUCCGUUAGCUAAAGGUGAACCGGUGCCAGAUAUGUGGGAUGACCGGGGAGAUACCUUAGUUUUUCUCGCCCCUAGAAACGUGCCGAACCCUAAAUUUACGGCUCCCUCUUUCCGCAUAUCUUCCACUCCAUUACUACUCUCGGCGCUCGGUCAAUACGUUGAAGACACACAAUACGGAUCUCAGGACGGAUCAACAAGCCCUGGGGGCACAAGACUGGAACCUGACAGUUUGUUUCUGGAUGUCCCUACUGGAGUCCCUCAGCGGUCCUCCAGCCGGAAUUUCUCGAAGCCAGGAAUACCUGCCACCGAGGAUCCGAUAACUGUCGGCGGGGGUCAGGGCGUUCCGAACGGGGGCUCUCCGCCCCCCCCCGAAUUAUCACGAGAUGCUCGGUCUCUCGAUCAAGCCAUGCCCGAUGCGACCCUUUCUUACAGGGUUUACUAUCCUGCUUUAGAGUUUGAUCCUCGACCUUCCAGUCCGCCAAAGGAUGGCAAGGGGAGGAAGCACAAGCAUAGCAACUCUGUCGCCGAUGAGACGAUCCAGCGGUUGAUUGAUGCGCGCAAUCUGUUCGCGUUCCUGAAUUGUAAUUUCCUGGUCGGCACUGUCGACCGGGAAAUGCCGUUUCACAUAUUGCAAAAGGUCUUUGAGAUGCUUCAGGGACCGACAUCACCUACACUUCGCCAUGAGGACCAGUUGGAUGCCAACGGGCUGGGUACAACUGCUAUGGCCGAGAGUAAUUUCCUGCAUUAUGUUGGGGCGCUAACGAUAGAUGACCUGAGGAAUGACGAUGAUGCUAUUGUGGAGGCGCUGAUCCUGGCUGAGAGGUGGAGAUGUUCGGUGUUGUAUCAUGAGGGGUUCGUCCACGCUUGUGGUAGGUGGGAGGAGAUCAAAGACCAUCCCGGGUUCGCCCAGGUAUCGGAGCGGACUAAGAAGCGUCUUGAUCGGGCAUCGAUCGACAUGCAUAAUGUCCGCAUCGCGAGCGUUUCCGGCCGGCUGAGCAACUUUGACUACCCAUCGAUAUUCACUGGAGAUGGAAAAUACCCCGAGUAUAAGCCGUGGAGAUUGGCUUUCGAUGCCAUGAGGAAACACACUCUCAGCUAUUACAAGCAUGUUUACGGAUCAUGGCCCCCAAGGGCGGGGAAGCGAGGGAAGGGUGGUGGAUACAGUGAAACUGGCGGGCUGAACAGAGUUGUGCUGCAAAGGGUUUACAAUGACUUUUCUGCGCUGUACGAUCUUGUUGUGGAUCGCGAAUGGAUCCACGGCGAGCGUAUUCACUUUGAAACUCUAUACAGUUCCGACGGGGAUGAUGCGGGGGCUAGGGAGAAGGAGGAAUCUGCUAGGACGACGAUACGGAAGAUUCAGCAAACGUAUGAUCAGUCUGGCAUGCCGGUGCAGCCGAGCAUGCCGUUUGAUCUUCCCCGACUACCGUACAUUCCGGCUACCCCUCCGCCAACAGCUAAUUCCAAGCCGGCGAAGAAGUCGAAAUCGAAGUCCAGCAAGAAGUUGAAGGGGAAUGAGUUGGGCUCUGUCCUGCGCAACUCGUACAACCAGGAUUCCUUCCGCCGCCAACCGCCGAAUGAAUUUGCGGAGAUGUUCAAGCAGCUGGAGCAGGAAUUUGGAAAUGGAAAGACGGUUGAGGAUCUUAUUGACGCUAGAAGGGGAAGGUGGUUGUUUAUCUAUUGUGUCUGUCAGUCGCUGCCAUUGGUAGUGGUGGAUGCUCCUGGUGUUAGGUAUAGUGAUCGUGUGGAGUAUUUCCUGUGCAAGAAUCUCAAGGGAACACUGCCAUGGCAGAAGGCCGGCAACCGCCGAGCUAGUAGAUUGAGCGGUAUUUGGGUUCCUGGGCCCGGCGGAUUGCUCUCGGCUGCAGGAGGUGGGCAAGAUAGUGUCGAUGCUGGUGAUGAUGAGAUUGAGUAUGUCUACAGGAAGAGUCAUUGCUGGACAGUCGCUGAGCAGUGGAGAAUGGUGUCUGGACCGGCUGUUGAAGAUUUGGAAGGGGUUGAAUUGGAGGGUGGAGAGGAUACUGAGUUUUUGGCAUUUCAGCAGAGCUUGAUGGGUGGUAGUGUGGAUGCGGAUACUGGAUCGCCGGAUAUGUCGCCGGGGGUUGCUACACCGCCUUUCCACGGAGCUUACUCUGGGAUUGAUGGGGUCGUCGGUGCUGAACGGAAUUCUAUCCAGUACUAUAAUCCGAACAAUCAGGUUCCGCAAAGUCCGCAAGAUCAGAUCUGGGCCGGUCAGCCGGUACCUGCAAACGCUCAAGAUUUGUACCUGGAAUACCUACAGCGACAGGAACUGCUUAGGCAGCAGUUUGAACAACAGCUCCAUCUCCAGCAACAGCGCCAGAGUUACCUCCCAGCGUCUCAAGGCUUCCCGCCAUUUCCACCAAUGCAUCCAGCCGAUAACUCCGAGCAACCUCCCAACUCUAGGCUCUCACCACCGCCUCCUCUCUGGCCCCUACAAAUUCCUGAUGAGACCAACGUUCAAUACCAACCGUCGGAACGGUCCCCCGACAACGAAACCGUUCCGCGCACUCAGGAGGAAUUCACAAAGUACCGCCAAGCCCACUUUGAGCAAUUUCAACGUCAAAGACAAGCUUCGCCCUCGCCGCCUCCGAUCAGGCUUAGCAGCGAGGACCCCGCUGGAAGCCCUAGUCUUACCGCUCUUCCAGGAAGCCCCAUACCCGUAAACGGGGAGAGAGUGUUUUCUCUACCUGAGGUCCGCCCGUUGUCGCCGCCACGGAAAGCGCAUACCUGGGGUGGACAGUUUGAUCCGUAGGGGAGGGUGGGGGGCCCGGGAGGAAGGCGGAUUUGAUUUGGAUCAAGGGAGGAAUGUUGUGAAUGGUCGGUCAAUGGGAAUGGAAAAGUGGGAAAUGGGAAAGGGGGAUAAUUAGAUAAAAGUUGAACAUCAUCCCUCGUGGAUGUCUUUUUGUGUUUUUAUCGAUUCGUUAGCUUUCCUUUGUUCUCAAGAGGCCUUUUCUUGUCCCUCGUUUUAGUGACCUCGGUAAUUUUGGUAACUUUCGUUGGGUAUGAAUGGAGGUAAUAGUAAUUUCGGCUCGGGAUUAAGUUAGAUGGUGUAUUAUAUUUAUUCCUCCCCC